AUGAGGUACGUGCGCACACACCCAAGCCACUUGAAACGUUGUGACCCAUCGCGCUAAUGCUAGAGCCUUGCCACUUCCAGUCGCAAGCAAAAGAGCAGCACCUCCUCCUUGCCUCCGGGUCAAAUCUACUCGCAGCCGAGUCUGACCGGAUCUGGAACGCACGACUCGGCAAAGCUCGCUUUGGCUGUGGAUGCGCUCAAAUCGGAAAAGUCGCCCGUCUCUCUGGAUGACUUUGCCAUUCGACAUGGACUCGAGGCGCUGUUGAGGGAUCAAAGCCUGCUGCUCAGGUUCAAGGAGCAUGAGAGAGUGACUUGGAAUGAGAAAAGCGGGAGCUAUAGCUACAAGGUGAUUGCAAUAGUUCCAGAUCAAAAGCAGGUGGGAUGGAUACACGGUCUGCCAAGGCGUUGCACCUGACACACCUACCCCAACGCUCCCGCACCUUGAGCCCGACUUUGACCUGCGAAGUCCAAACGAUCUAUUGCAUCUAUUGGAGCAGAGAUCCAAAGCUUCAGCUCCAGGAGGACUGUCUGCGGGCAUGAAGAUCUCGGAGCUUCGCGAGUCAUACGAUCAUGCCAGAGAUGCAGUCGAAGAUUUUACAAAGCACGAGCCAAGGGAAGAGCGCAAGGUGCUGGUGCUUCGUGGGCUCAAGGACGGCCUGAUUCGACACGUGUACUGGAACGAGAUCAGAGGCUCAGAUUCAAAGCCGGUAGACGACGGUUGGUUGGAAGCGCUGUAUUACGCCCUUUUCAAGCCCCUCACACGCCUCACGAUGCCUUUCAUCCCUUCAUCUCUCGAUAGAAUUCAAGGAGCUGUGGCAUGCCCAGAAAGUUCCCGACGCUGUCGAUCUGCCCAAAGCCUUGGCUGCAGGUAAGGAGAGACGCUCUACUAUCGAACGCGAACGCAAGGCCCUAACAAGCUCACCUGGGUCGUGCUUCUCCUUCCACCGCAGAGGGGCUUCAGAUGGCAAAGUCCGACGAGAGCAGCAAUCCAAAUCCACAGGCUGCGCGAGGAAGAGGCAGAGGUCGUGGGCGCGGAAGAGGAGGGUUCUCUGGUCGCAAAGUCAAGGUGCAAAACACUCAUUUGGAAGGUGUGGAUUUGAGCAAGGACUACGUGUAG